UAUCGUUUUCUGGUGCCGCCACAGCGGCCCCCAAUCAGCGAACAGAGGGCGUGUCUGAGAACAAUGACGAUAAAGUCGUACGCCAGUUUGAGUUGUUGUUGUAGGUCGGUAGUUGAUUUACAAUGUGCAAUUUUUCCCUGAUAAAUUAAAUUCGACGAACAAAACCUGCAGACGCGUGCAGACGCGCAAGGUGUUUGGUUUGUGUACAACCUGCGCGUGAUUCCCGGCGCAUGACAUACGUCACAACCAAACGUUAGCGAUUGGUUAUGGCAGAUCCAGAGUGGCACUGGGCAGAUCCAAUCAUUUUAAACUUCAACAGACUCCCGCCUUCAAGUGAGUUAAUGAAAUGAAAUGAAGUGAAGUACGAGUCUGGUAGAACCAGGCUAUCAUGAAGGCAUAUUUAACCUACAAAAUAUUAUGCAGUUGUUUCAGGGAUAAGACAUGUUUCCCGUUACAAGACUUUGAUAUAUAGGUGAACCUGAGACUCGAGUUACGGCACAAUUAUUUUGGGGUAAUUCGGAUUGGAAAAGCUAUUAUUAUUGAUAAAUGAUAGAUACAUUUAAUUGUAAGGUUGAGGGUGGCAGUAGAUGAGAUGCAGAUCUUCAUACACUUCCGCAGGUCAAUUUUAUGUUUUUUUAAGAAAAGGUUUUCUGACGUUGAUUAUCUGAUCUGAUUUUGGUGUCAAAUUUACGGCCCACAAUUUAGUGGUGUAGGCCUACACGGAAAAGCUGUUCCUAUUGUGGAAUUGACCAUAAAAAAGUAACCUGCAGCCUUCAAUGAAAAUAAUCAAAUUAAACAUAUGCAAAACGUUAAAUAGGAAGGGUGACAUAAGAUUGAUUUCUGGGGUUGUUCGACAACGUCAUGUUGAUCACCCAAAAUGUCUAGACGGCGUUAAUGUGGUAAAUGACUAUUCUAGCAGAAAACGGCAGAUUUUUAAUGGAAUAUCUAGAUAGGUGUACAGGGGUCCAUGUCCAGCCACCAUCACUCCUUUGAUCUAAUGGUACAUUGUUGAGCUAAUCCUGUUAAAAAGCUAAUUCAUUAUUGGCUCAGUAUCUCGUUGUACCAAUCCCCGAGUGCAACACAAAGGACCCAGUAACUGAUGCUGAAUGUGGAGCACUGAGUGAGACCAUUUCACCUGGUCCGAGUGAUAACCACCAGGAGCGCAUCAGCUGUCGUGGAAUGGGUGAGUACUUGGUUAGCAAUAAAGACAUACUGUAGGAUCAUAUAUUUCACUUUGAGGGCAUACACAUGCUUGUAGAUUAUUAUCUAUUUAAUGACAGCUACUGUUCUGUGCUGUGUGGCUCUUUCUUCAUUGUUCAGAUAUGUCAUCAGGGUCACAGUGUCUGGAGGUGGAACUCCCAGCCCACUCUAAAAUACGGGAUGCAUAUAGGUGACUUCAUAUUGUCCUCAAACAUCCUACUCUCUGGGAACAACUACGGGAAGGUGGAUCUGCUGUUCAAAUUCAUGAACUUGGGAAUGGUGCAUCGAACAACAUUCUUUAAAAUCCAGGACGCCUACUGCGUUGACGCCAUCGAGGACUACUGGGAUGACAAGAGGUCAGCCAUUAUUACCCGGCUGAAAUCAAAGGACAGUGUAGUGGCCCUUGGUGACGGCCGUAUGGAUAGUCCUGGGUUUUCAGCACAGUACUGUACAUGCACAACGAUGGACAACGACAGUGAAGAGAUAAUAUCGAUUGUCAAUAUUGAUAAGAGGGAGACCCAGAAUAAUUCUGUUAUCAUGGAGGAGGCCUUCAUCCGGACCUUUGAGACUCUCCACCAAGAGAUUGGCCUACAGGAGUUUUGCACUGAUGCUCAUUCACAGAUCUUGGCUCUCUUCAGGAAGUGCAAAGAUAUUUAUCCAACAAAAGGCAGGUUCAAGGACUCUGGUGUUGGACACACCCUUGACAUCUGGCAUGGGUCCAAAAAAAAAGGAGGAAAAAAAAUCAAUGCAGUAAGUUCCCUGACUUCGAUUCUGAUAUUGGUCCUUGACUCAUGGAUACAUGAGUCCGUGACUCCAAACCAUCGGAGCUGACUCCAAACCAUCGGAGCUCAUGGAUCAUAUGCUGAAUCUCCUGGGGAAUAAUAGGCCUUGUUUUUUAUUUCGGGCCUUAUUUAUGCAGCAGCUGCCAGUGCGUGUCAGGGCAGCUCUAGCCAACAGCGACACCACAGACUUUCGGGCUCUG